AACUCAUGGCAGUUCCUUGGACAGACUAAUCAUUAAGGGACUGGACUCAGUUGACCGCAAACAAAUUAAAGUUGCAGAAAAUGAAAUCAGCGAGAAGGUUUGCUUUUGAGUCGCUGAUCUAUUGAUGCCUCCUCAUGAACUGCGGGGCACAGUUUGGACAUACGUACUUGUGCUCUCACAGUGCAUCAUGACAUCAAAGUUUUCACCCUUCCUAAUCAAAGACAUUCUCACCGGCCGGGAUGCUUCCCUUGGAAAUCCCGGCAACACCGCUGCAGAGGAGCUUUGCGCACUUGCGCGCAAUUUACGCAUGGGCUUUGAUAGCGCCAUUCAGAAAAGAUUUUCUCCUGGUAUACGUGUGUCCGAAAGCCACCGAUCCGGCAUCUGCGAGGAGGAGGGGAGAGUUGUAACUCAGUUGAGAGAAGGUGCUGCAGAGCAUGCGGGCAUGCAGUGUGGGGAGAGAGAUAAGCGCCAGAGGAACCAAGUAGAUGCAGGAAAGAAGGGGUUCCACCACCACUACCACGGCGAGGAGAUGUUCAGCUGUUCCCCAGAGGAGCUCCGCUGCAGGCCGGUUGCGAAGAAGCGCUCCAGAGCGGCCUUCUCCCACGCGCAGGUCCACGAGCUGGAGCGUCGCUUCAGUGUCCAGAGGUACCUCUCUGGACCCGAGCGGGCCGACCUGGCAUGCGCCUUGAAGCUCACUGAGACCCAGGUGAAAAUCUGGUUCCAGAACCGGAGAUACAAAACGAAGCGGCACCAGCUGGCCACAGAGCUGGCAGCGUUGAGCUGCCCAAAGACCGUAGCGGUGAAAGUGCUGGUGAGAAAUGAGCAAAAGCAUUGGAUUCCGGGCAGUGAAGCCCACCUUCCGACGACUGUGCCACUGUACCACGGAUAUCAGUACCAGUCCUAUCUACACCAUUACUACCAGCCCUACAGUACUACUGACAGAAGGUCGUAUGGAGGCAUGUUCUAAUGUUUCUUUGUCUUGAAAGUGUCACUUAGUCACGACGAUCUGUUGUUUAUGCAGACUUUUUCUUUAGUCAUGUGGACUUAUGUUGAGAAACGUACACAAUUCAAUUUUAAAGAAAGAAAAAAUAAACAGAACAAUUCAGAUAUGAUUGCUUUAGAUGUUUUUUUUUUUUUUUUUCAAGUUUGACUCUUUCUGUAAUAUCUCAGAGAUUAUAGUGGGAGGUCAGAAAUCGGAAAGAGUUACGAGUUUUUAGUUGUUGUUGUUAAUUUUGCUGUGGGAGGAACUCUUGGAUAAAUUUGGGAGAGCAGAAAAACGUCACCCCAGAGCUUUUAUUUUAACAAACCCUUAAUGAAUUGAUUAAAAAAAGGAUGAUCAAAGAUCAUUUCUUCACCGUUUGAACACUGGUGCGAACUAUCAUAAAAAAAAUAUUCACUAUUUUAUUCUUCUAAUGUACAUUUUUAAGAAAUCUUUUCCUAUUUGAAGAAAGAAAAAAAAAUUCCAAUUAAAGUAACUUGUUUUGGGAAGAGCUUGCUAAGAUUUAAACCGGGGGUCGCUGGAGUUUCCAGCGUUCAUUGAACGAGAGGCGGGUACAACGUGGACUGGUUGCCAGUUCAUCCCAGGCCAUGGACAAACCACCAUACAUAGACAGAAUCAUUCCUGAAGGCAGCUUACAGAGACCUGGCAGUCAUGACUGUGAGAGGAAGCCGGAGUACCCAGAGAGAGCUAGAAUACUGCAAACUCCAUGACCUUUUCCACUGCAAGACAGCAGUGCUAACAGUUGCGCCACAAUGCACCCUACCUCAAAAUAAAUCAGAACAAAUAGUGAGUAAUCUUAACAUGUAAUAGAUUCUGAAGUUACACCUCAGUUUUUUAUUAUUGUUUUGCAGUUUCACAUGAUGAUUUUGUGUUCUCGUGUCUGCAGUUCGGUCCUCUGUAAACUACCUUGGUUUAAUUCAUCUAAGCCUACUGAGUGAGAUCAUAUCUUUAUAAAUGAGAAUGUAUUCUUUUACAUUUUAAGUUUAUUUUAGUUAAUCAGUUCAGACUGGGUAUGGCAUUUUCUGAUUUUCUUGUUUUUUUUUCUAAAGUGCAGUCAAUUGCAAGAUUUUACCACCUCAAUCGUGUAUCUUGAAGGUUAAUGGAUUUUUGUGUGUAAGCAAAAGUGUAUUGUUGCACACUAAAUAAUCAUUCAGAGUGGAUUUUUCCGAGUUCUUUUAUUCUUCACAAAUGUUGAAGACAGAUACAAAGUAUCAGUGAACGCUCCCUCCCGCAGCCGUUACAACACUAUUGCUGCUGGCCUGCUGCGGUAGGAGAGCCCACUGAAUUUAAGACGCCCUCUGUUGGCGAACUGCUGCCACUACAUGCUUCUUCCAGCUCUUUGUAUCAAUAACAGAAAUGGAGCCUGAUGGACUAUUUACAUAAAACAGAAUUGUUGUAUUAAAAUAAAACAAACCAACAGGUAGGGGGAAUGUAACUAUAUUUAAUCUAUUCUGUCACACUAUAUUGUUUAGUUAUUUUCCUUCUUGUGAGUUGAAUGAGUCAGAGAGGGUCAAUAGACUGUGAAGAUGUUACACCAUCCAACCUGACUCCCCAUGAAGCAAAGCGCACAUUAAUCAUUGGUUUACUGACAGGAAUACACCUUCAUGUUGAAUGAGCUGGCACAAUGAUUGCCACCGAUAUGGAAAUAAAAACAUCACUCCUA